AUUAUAUAUAUAUUUUUUAUUUAUUUAUUAUUAUUAUUAUGGAACCUACAAGAUUUAAUGGAACUAAUCAUCCACACAUGUGGAUUAAACAAAUUCGUUCAUUUUGUUAUCUUAAACAAAUAAAAACUGAAAAAGAUAUUUUAAAUAUUUGUAUUGGAAUGGUUGAUGUUCCGAUCAAAAAUCCUGAAAAAAUCAAAACAUUGGAUGAUCUUAUAGAAGCAUUAAAAUCAAAUAUUUCAUUUACAGUAUUUAAAAAUUCUGCUCAAAGAAAAUUAAAUCUUUUAAAAUAUGUUACAGAACGUGAUGGUGGUAAUACGGCGAAAUUUGUUGCAGAUUUUCGUUCACUUUGUUUUGAUGCUGAAAUCAUUGAUUUAGAAGAUCAGAAAAAAUAUCUUUUUCAUACUUUACCAAAUGAUUUUUUUAGAAAUACUUUUAUUAAUAGAAGAAAUAUGGAUAAGAUUAAUUCUUUAGAUGAUUUAAUUAAAAUGUUUGAAAAUAUUGUUGAAGAAGAAUCACAAUUAAUUAGGAAUGCUUCUUGUGUUGCCAUAAAACAUGUUAAAACUGGAAAGUAUCUAUCCUCCACUACAAAAUAUCAUCAAACUGGAAGUGGAAAGCAAAUAGUAUUUGCAGGUCAAACGUUACCAGAUUCAGAUGCAUUAUGGUUUAUUAAGGCUUCUCGUGAUUUACUCUCCUAUAAUGAUAUGUUUUCAUUGCAACAUAAAGUUACAGAAACUCUCAUUGGACGUGAAUCUCUUAAUGAAAUUAUUUAUCACGAUUAUACAGACAGUGAUUUUGCCGAUCACGUCGAAGUAUAUUGUUCUACACCUUCAAGAACUUCACAAUUUAAUUAUCAUUGGAUGGCACAGAGAAUUAAUUAUACAAAAUAUGACUCUUCUUACGUAAGAUCUGGUGAUAUUAUUAACAUUCGUAACGUAAAAGAUAAUUCUUUCUUACGUAGUCAUGAAUAUCAAAUCACUAUUUAUAAUGAAAAUUUUCAAGAAGUUAUUUCUCAGGACAAAAAGCCUGAAGAAAAUGAUGAGUGGUGCAUUGAACUUAUUGAAAAUCAUUAAUCGUAAAUUAUUUACCUAGAAUUUUUGUACACCCCUUAUAUUCUUUGUUAUAAUAAAAUUUCAUCCCGCAUUUUUAAAUUUUCUUUUGUUAUUUUUUGUUUUACAUACUUUAUUAAUUUUAAAUAAAUAUGUUAUUAAUUAAUUUUUU